CUGUGGUGCGGUGGUCGGGAUCACCGAUCAACGGCCGCGUGGCUUCAUGCGUGUGUGUGUGUGUGCGUGUGCACGCUUUCCCGUCGUGGUCGAAGCUACCGUGCUUCUUUCUAGCGAGUACCUUUAGAGACGUCGUGCCUGUGGUGUAUGUUUGUGCGUGUGUGUAGCAUACUGGACGACGCCGAUGGUAGCGCCUGUGUGACGGUUUUUUUUUGUGAUACGCUCGCCGAUCGAGGAAGGAUAACUUCGACAAAAAAAAAAAAGCUUAUCGAACCUGAGAGGGAGCGAUCGAGGAAGCAUGACGGCGUGCGCGACUUCUAGAAGAGCCCGGACGACCGCACAUGUGCCGCCAGGCAAGACCGAUCGCCACCGGUCGGAUCCUGUUGGGUCCUCGAGGCGCCUUCACUGCGACACUAGCGCGAAGUCGACGGAGUUUGUCUCGCUGAAGCCGCCUCAGCAAUGACCCAGUCGGCGAAGCUCACUUCAAGCCAAGAAAAGAACCCCCGAGUCUCUUCAUUCCCAACGAAACCAGCGUCAUAUCUGCACGGAUAGCAAAGAAAAAGUGAAGGUGCGACGUUCCACUGCGUAACCUGCAACCAAUUCCGAUACACCUCGUUUUGGUUUGUUGCGAGCACUGCACGCGUUUGAUUCUAGCUAGACGGCGUUCGUUUUUUCUAUUUCUUUAGCGCUACGACUGUUCGUACAGAUAGCUUAUUGGUCUUUCUGCGCUCGUUAUUUAUUUAUUUUUUUUCUGGAAGAAGUCGAAAUCCGGUUUCUAAUCCCCGCUUUUCCACUUCUCUGAGCAUCCGGAGCGGCAUUUUGAUCCGGUCAGGAACGAGUCGUCGUUCUUAAUCCCGGAGAUAAUCCUCUACUCAACAUCGACAAUCUAGCGCUCGCUUUUAUUUUUGCGUGGACAGCCGGCCUUCUGUUAGCCUUCCGGUCGCGUCAGACGUCGCUGCAGCGACUAAAAAGAGUGCGAAAAAAAAGAGAGAAAAAUUGGACAAGCGCACAGACGGUUCUGUCGUUCUGUUUGCAAACCUGUCAUCAGUCCACUGGUCGGGUUUUCUUUUCCCGCAAGCCCGUCGUUACAAGGAGGCGUGGUCGCGAAUGUUUUAGCGCUCGUGUGACGCACUUCUCCGGAGUGGCUAUUUACAAGUGGCCAAGAAGUUGCGGUGAGAGCAAUUUUUUCGCUAAUUGUGCCAACUCAGCGCCGCUCUUAACGUAUACGUACAUACGUUCAAAACGGGUUUCCACGGGUAUAUAAGUCUUCUCAGUGAAACUGUGACCUUGCGUUCUCAAUUGGUCGGACAAAUUGGCUUGGGAAAAUAGCCCCCUCUUUUUCCCAAGACAGAAUAGUGUGAAGCGUCAGCGCCACGCGCUCUUUUUUUUUUUUUUUCCUGCUUUCACAAAACCGCGUGUGUGAAGCAAGUGCCGCGUUCGCCAAGCUAAACUGCGAGACCUCCUCGAAGCACAAUCUGCGACGUAUCGCGCCAACUCAGCGCUGUGCUCUCGCGUCGUCUUUAUCUCGAGAGCUUACGACGACACACUAGCUGAGAAGAAGCGCGAAACUAAGACCCCCACGAGACGAAACUAGAGUAGGGCCGUGUGAAGCCAUGGUUUGAAGCUAUCAGUUUCGCUCGUAUGCCCGUUCAAAAGAAAAGCCCGGCUCUAGCGUAAGAACCCCCCACUCGCGUCGGUCACCCGUACUACGUCAUACGCCAGACAGAUCGAUACGCGCUAAACCACCGCACGCAGCAAGUGUACCCCGUGCUACGCCCAGGGUAUCAUAUUUUUGUUGUUACUCAGGGGGCACACCUACGCUUAACGGGGUCCCGGCUCUGUACCGUUUCUCGUGGAAACGGCUCUGAGACGACGUCGUAGUCACGUCCACAUCGGACCUUCGUUCUUUCGUGUGUGGGAUUCGAUCGAUUCUCCCGUUAUAUCCCUUCGGUAGCUCUGUAGGUUUUGAUCUAUAUAGACUGCGGAAAGAAACCGGGUGACGUCGUCAGCGACUUCCACGUUCGAUUUUUUGUCGUUUUAUGUAGGUUAUUCAAACGCCCGUCCUGAGGGUGCGCGCUUGUGCGUCGUGGUUUUUGGGUUUAGCCGCGACAAUCGUGACGUAACGGGGCAAAUCGCUAAUUAAGACGGGUGCGAACGUGUCUUCGCGAAUCACUGCCUCAUUUCGCAAAUAUUGCGGAUUUGUCGCGUCGUCUUGCGGGUUGAACGCGAAAAAAAAACGUCUAGUUUCGGAUUGGCGCGUUGUCUUGGAGCGAUACAAGUCCGUGUGCGGGUUCCCGUCGAAUCACGUGUACGUCAGCGGUGGAUUAUUGUCUUUCUUUGAACUCGGAACCGAGGGACUACUGUGCUACAAGCGCUGGCCUUCACCAUGUCACGGACUGAAACAACAACGAGACGGCAAAACGUCAACGCCAGCAACGCUGACGAUGCCGCAACGUCCAGAGUGAAACGUGGACACGCUGCUCUCGGCUGCACCAUCAACAACAACGAAGUGCUUUGUUAAUCAAAAGCAUCCGUUAGUCGUUAAUCAGGGAGUGAGUGUGUGGUUGUCAGAGGCACGAAGCAUUUGCACAUAAGACAGCUUGGAAAAGGACGUGUUGAGAAAGGACGCGUGUUCGAUGAAGAAGCAGCGACUUUGUCCUCGGACGUGAGAGCGCGCUUUUCCUUUGCGCUUGCGUCUACGGUGCGAAACCAAAACCAAAGUCAACGAACUAGCCAAGCACGCAGACGACCUCCCGUUGCGUCGGGCAACAAUAGAAAAAUACGUGCACCUCCCUACCCCGUACGUCGACGCGUGGAUUCUUGGAACUCUUUUACUAUUAUCUCGCGUCCCCGAGACUUUGGAAAACGUCAGUCUGUGAUUUCCGGCAGCUAUCUUCGGUUUCUGCCCGCGUGAUGUACGGAGCGAGUGCUCGAAAAGACGAGACUAUGGAAAUACUGAAGUUAGUGUGAACCCCUUGACAGUCUUUGUCAGUACUCCGACGCUUUCGCAUUGCACCAAGAAGUGCACCGAAGCAAGCACCGAAGCACUUCGCAAAAAAGAAAAAAAAAAGAAUUGGGGAGACCCUUCGCAACCGUCGUGUCGAGAAGUCCUGUCGCCCCGUCAAGAAGACUACACCGACUCGGAAAAAUCACGCUUAGAGGAGCACGUUUUUCAUUCUCCCAGUUUUAUGGGAGCGUUUGACGCUUAGCGACCCGAAAUCUUUUCCUUCGUCUAACUACGGUAUGGCAGAGAGGUUGUUGCCGGAGCCGUGCGAACACUUGGACUGCGAAGCCGCCGAAAGCGAAACGAAUUCGUGACGAAGUGUUGUCGAAAAGAAAAAAAAAAAAAGGUUGGUCAUGGAAGGCGUUGGUAAUGAUGGCUCCUUUCCGGGAGGAAGCAGCACGACACCGCAGCCCGGGCAGAGGCGUUGAGCGAAAGUAAAGUGUGGCGUCCUGUGCGCCGACGGCAUAUAAUGGAGAAGACUUCUUCGAAAGACGUCGUCGGACUGGCGCCGUCGACCUCCUCGUCUUCAAGUCGUGGUCCUGGCGGUCUCCUGCCGUCGCCGACGUUGCCUUGCGUCUCGGCGUCAACCACAGCCGACGACGACUCGAGCGGCAGUUGUGGCAGCACGGGCAGCGGCGGCAGCGGUGGUAUUUGCCGCAGCGCGAGCGAGUCGCUCCUUCGCAAGCGCAGCCUCACGCUCGCCCUGCCGCUCAACCUGUCCUCCGUCAUUCAGCUCAAGAAGGAGCUCAAUGUCUCCAGACGAGGAAGUCGAUGCUCGUCGGCUCGCAAGAGCCUCAUCUGCAAUACUUCCCCAACCCUUCCCAGGUGCCAUUCUCCCAUUCCACAGAGUAGCCCUCUGGACAGCCCCCGAAACAUGUCCCCAAGUCAGCACUUCGCAUUCGCCCCCGUCAAAAAGGCGGACGGCCGGCGAUGGUCAGUCGCGUCACUGCCGUCAUCGGGCUAUGGGACCAACACACCCGGAAGCUCCAACGUAUCUUCCCAGUGCUCCAGCCAGGAGAAGCUGCACCUGCUGCCCUACCAGCCGACGCCGGAUGAGCCGGCGGGCACUCCGGUCGGCCACCCGCCGCACUACUUUCCGCCGCACCAGUACCACCAGCACCACCCCCACCCGUUCGCCCACCACAUCCACCACGUGCACCAGUCGCGGCACUUCUCCAGCAACGAGAGCAACCCGGGCCUCGAGGACGACGGCCACCAGCACCAGCAGCAGCACGGCUCGCCCGGGAUGCACGCCACGCCCACGACGUCGUCGGGCUCUGCGUCGCCCAUCAUCAGGCCACGGUCGCGAAGCCUCAGUAGUCCCAUGCGGUCACCCGGGAUAGACAACGAGAUCGUUCUUAUGAACAGUGUCUACAAGGAACGCUUUCCAAAGGCCACUCAACAGAUGGAGGAACGGCUUGAGCAGUUUGUGAGCCAAGAGGCAGAGCUUGACGCGCAGCACGCCUGCGACGCUGUUGCUCGCUUUGCCCACCACCAGAUCAUCGAGCUCGCACGCGACUGCCUGCAGAAGUCGCACGACAAGCUCGUCACGUCGCAGUACUUCUACGAGAUGUACGAGAGUCUCGAAAAGCUGCUCACUGAGUGUCAGGAGAAAUCGCCAGAUGCUGCCCACCACCUGCGCAAGCUGGUGCGCAAGUUGUUGCUCAUCGUGUCCAGGCCUGCGCGACUGCUGGAAUGCCUGGAAUUCGACCCCGAGGAGUUCUAUCGGCUGCUGGAGGCGGCUGAAGGCCAGGCCAAGGUGGUGCAGGGUAUCUCCACCGACAUACCUCAGUACAUCAUCAACAAGCUAGGACUGAACCGGGACCCCUUUGCAGAUCUGGCCGCAGAGGAGUCUGCUGACCAGCUCGAUUCGGUGCCCGAGGUCGAAGAAAAGAAGCCGCUGACAAAAACACCCUGCGAGGACGACUUCGAAACUAUCAAGCUCAUAAGCAACGGUGCCUACGGGGCCGUGUACCUGGUCCGCCACAAGGAGAGCCACCAGCGCUUCGCCAUGAAGAAGAUCAACAAGCAGAAUCUGGUGCUGCGCAAUCAGGUGGAGCAGGUGUUCGCCGAGCGCGACAUUCUCAGCUUCACCGACAACCCCUUCGUAGUCUCCAUGCUGUGCAGCUUCGAGACCAAGCGCCAUCUGUGCCUGGUGAUGGAGUAUGUGGAAGGGGGCGACGCAGCCACCUUGCUCAAGAACAUGGGCCCACUGCCCGUGGACAUUGCCCAGUUCUACUUUGCCGAGACUGUGCUCGCCGUUGAGUACCUGCACAGCUACGGCAUCGUCCACCGUGAUCUCAAACCCGACAAUUUGCUCAUCACUAACAUGGGCCACAUCAAGCUGACUGACUUCGGUCUGUCCAAGGUUGGACUCAUGAACCUGGCCACCAACCUGUAUGAGGGCUACCUCGACAAGGAAACGAAGCAGUUCAACGACAAGCAGGUCUACGGUACGCCCGAGUACAUCGCCCCCGAGGUCAUUCUGCGCCAGGGAUACGGCAAGCCCGUGGACUGGUGGUCGAUGGGAAUUAUUUUGUACGAAUUUCUAGUCGGCUGUGUGCCCUUCUUCGGGGAGACCCCCGAGGAACUCUUUGCUCACGUCAUCAAUGACGAGAUCGAGUGGCCCGAGGACGAAGACUGGCCACUGCCCGAGGAUGCCAGGCACCUCGUGUCCCAGCUGCUGCAGCAGAACCCGCUCGACCGUCUGGGAACGGGGGGUGCGCACGAGGUCAAGGAGCAUCCGUUCUUCAACGACGUCGACUGGGACUCCCUCCUACGGCAGAAGGCCGAAUUCGUGCCUCAACUCGAGGACGAGGAGGACACCAGCUACUUUGACACACGGACGGACCGGUACCAACAUGACGACUCGGAAGACCAUGACGAUGGGGAGGAAGUCACCUUCUCAUCCUUCUCAUCGUGCUCGCCGCGCUACCGGAAGGUCUACUCUCGCAUUGAGAAAGAGCUCGAGGAAGAGAACUUGCUCAGGCAUGUCUGUGAGGAAAGCCACCGUCGCUCGCUCAGCCGCACGGACUCAGCUCCGUCGGACUCCAGCGGAGAUUCCAUGCUCCUCCGCACCCCGGCACCCGGACCUGGGGAUGCCUCCACGCGGCGCCAGUCUGGCUCGUCGCCUGAGCUUCCACCGCCGGGCGGGCGCCCGCCGUUGACGAGCACUCCGGAGUCAUCGCAGACGGAGUCGGAUGAGGUGUCCCCCCAGGUGCAGCGGAGAAGACGGCCAGGCAUCGCGGACUUGCCUCGGUUCGCCCUCUCCGUUGACCAGGAGGACACGUCACGCCGAUCCCAGCAUCGCUUGUCAGCGCCCCUGCCACUGCCGCUGCCCUCCCUCGGCACCACCGCCACCACUUCCGCUGCCGCUACCGCGCCGACCUCGCCGGCAGUCGCCACCAAUGCGGCCGAGCCCCGGGAGCUGUCUCCCGUUGCGGAACGAUCGGCACGGACCAACAAGGGCCAACGCACCGCCGAGCCCUCUACCAGCGACACUAGCGGAGGGAGCACCAACAGUAGCGGCGCCAGCACCGCCACCAGCAGCACCAUCGUGGCAACGGGAUCUAAAACGGCAGAGAAGGCAGCAGCCGGCGGCUCGCCACGAUCAUCACCCAAACUGGCGGCCACACCUCCCAUGCCGACGCCGUCGCCGCCUUUCAAGCUGCGCUCGCGCUCGGUCAUCAAAUCUGCGUCAGCAUCGGGCCUCUCGCUCAUCAUCCCGUCUGAUGACCUCAGCGCAGUGGCUGGCGACUUGUCCAGCGGCAUGCACUCCGGGGUGCUUGGCUCGCCCGGCGGCUCAAGCACGAGCUCGCGUGACACGUCGCCGAGCCGGGAACUGAGUCCACUGGUGGCACAGCUCAAGCCCCCCAUCAUCAUCCAGAGGGGUCCACGGGGUUUCGGAUUCACCAUUCGGGCCAUCCGGGUCUACUACGGAGACUCGGACGUCUACACCGUCCAGCAUCUUGUCAUGGCGGUGGAGAACAACAGCCCGGCUUUCGAGGCGGGACUGCGGCCCGGCGACCUCAUCACGCACAUCAACGGCGAGGCGGUGCAGGGUCUUCUGCACCCGCAAGUCUUGCAGCUGAUCCUGGCCGGCGGCAGCCGCAUCAACAUCCGCACCACGCCCCUGGAGAGCACCUCCAUCCGCACGGGAGGCCGCAGGCGCAACCCCACAACCAGCCGGCUCGCCCGGCGGAAUACGCGUCAACGACGUGUCUCCCAGGGACCUGCAUCCGCACUGGGCAGCAAGCACCAGGGUUCGCCGCCCACCAUCGGCUCGAAACCGGUCGACAAAAAACGCCGCGCGUCGCUUCUCCGCCGACUGAGCAACAAACGUGCCAGCGCUGAGAUUCAGCAACUAGUGAGUGGGGGUGUGGCAACUCCAACCGGACUGGCUCCGAGCCGAAGCUUUCAGUCCCUCGCCGACCCCGGCAGCGCAUCGCCACCAUCACGUAGCGGCGGCAUCGUCGUCAACUUCAGCAAAGAAAGGUCGUCGUCCGACUCGUCACACUCGACAAGCAAUUCUUCACCGAGCAGCUCACCCAGUUCGAGCGUGCCAAACUCGCCCGCCGGAAGCGGGGCAAUACCACCAGGAGUCGCAGGUGGACCGGUGGCGACGGCAGUAGCGUCCGUUCAGGCGCACUUCCAGCGGCCUAGCUCGCUACAUGGGCUCAAGCACAAGUUGGCCCAGACCUUCCGGUCACCGCGCCGGAAAUCUGUCGGUCACAUUCCGCUCUCGCCGCUGGCUCGUACCCCGUCUCCUUCGCCGCUGCCGGUGAUCAGUCCGACGCGGUCGCCGUCUCCACUAGCCUUCCCACCAGGACAGGCUCCGCCAUCUCACCACUCUCAUCAUCCGCAUCAUCACCACACGCAUCACCCGGCGUCCGUAGUGGCGGCCCAGUCACCUCAGGUGUUUACAGCGGGCCGGAAAGCAUCGCCCCCAACGCUCGUGCCGGCGGUGGCCACUGUGACUUCAUCGGCGCGGAAGUCGCUGAUGAGGCCCAAGAGUGCAGAGCCCGGCUCCCCGUUGUUGAGGCGAGCCCUCUCGCCGGACCGCCUCCAUCCAAAGUCGGCGGAAUCCAAGCCGAGACGAGAAUCCUUCUGUACACACGCAUCGCCACUGGCCCUGACGUCGACACCCUCAACGUCGCAGGGGUCACCUCCGCGAGUGGUGUCGACCAAAACAGGCAGCUUCCUGUCGCGAAGCACGCUCACGCUGUCGCCAGCCGGAGCAACUCGAAUUCCGAAGUCGGCAAGCACAUUGGCAUCUGGUCAAGAGGGCGGCGAGGAGAAACCGCAGGGCGGUCGAGCCCGCAGUCACUCGCAGAGCGAGGUCGAGAGCCUCGUUGAUGACGAUGACGACAUGGCUGCAGCGUCCGCUGAUCCGAGGCCCCCCUCGCCACUGCAGCGUUCUCCAAAAGAGCGAGACCUGACCAGCGGCCGUGCUGAGCUUCCACCCGAUGUCCCGUCCUUUACAGUGACACCCAGCACUCCCCUUCCGACUGCGGACAGUGAAGACACUUCUUCCGGCAGUGAAGUGUGCAGUGAUGUGCAGUGCAACGACGGAGUUACUACGACAGUCGCUGCGACCGCCUCUACGAGUGCGGCAACGGCGCCGGCCUCCACGACGUCAAGUGCGGCCGCAACUGCGAAAAAGACUGCGCCGGCCGUGAGUGCGUUUAGUGCCACAACGACCACCUGCGUGACUGCGGCACCUCCACAAGCAUCCGCUACGCCGUCUGCAGCCGGGAGUGCAAAACGGCCUCAAUCAAUGGCAGCAGCUCAACCCAAAGGCAGUUCUACUUCAUCAUCACCGCAGCCGGCUUCUUCAACUGGUGCUAGUAAACCCCAGUCUUCGCAGCCGCACCCAGCAGAGACUGGAACGAAGCAGGUACAGGCAGCGGAGACGAAAAGGGCGCCCUCGAAACAGCCGGCGAGCAGUGAUCAGAGGGCAUCCGGUGCAGUGCCACAAAACAAGUCAAAAAGCGAACCGGAACAGCCGGCGCACACGACGAAACAGGCCAAGUCAUAGCUGCACUAGUGGAAAGAGCGAUGCGGUUUGCUGCUCGUAACGCGCUCCAUGUGGCCCUGUGCUCUUGGGAGUAGUUGCACGAGGCAUGUCCGCAGUAUUUAUUAUUGCAUUGCGGUGUCGUGCGAUCCCAGAUCUCUUACCCACACCCGACUCCUUAGUGGCCUGACCAGGCCCUCGGUGUUGCCUCUCCCCCCCGCUCCUCCUGUCUUUUUUUGUCUCCUCCGGGAGACAAAAAGAAAAAGUUUGUGCGGCCUGCAUCGUAGAUGCAACCAGUCAGUCAAGUCAAUGACGAGGCCAUUCACGCGUGUAAAGUGUGCAACCGUUUUAUUGCCUAGCCCUUCUUCCUCCCAGGUUUUGACUGUUUCACUUCUUUGUUUGUUUGUUUUUUUUCCUCUUUUGUUCAUGUGAUGAAGAGUGAGAGAUGUUUCUCGCUACCUGUUGAGUCUGUGGUUUUUGCGUUGCGCGCAUUCUACACUUGUUGACGGUUGUUACGUUUUGCCAUUGGCGCACCCGGCGCAGUUAUCCAGUACAUUACUAGCCAGCGCCGCCACAUUUGCGAUAUUACUCUGAACCAGCUGGGCUUUAUUACCCUUUUUCUCUAGCUGUGAAGUAACUGUUGACGUACUUUUGCCGCUAUCCUCGUACGACUACGUUGCAUGGAAAACACAGUCGGCAUUUGAGAGAAACGGAGCCGUGUUUCGAGCUGAAUUGAUAGGCAGUCAUUUAGCUGUAAGAACUAUGAAACUGCAGCACUGGUUCUUGCAAAACUCAAAAAAUACUAAUGGCGUGAAAGUAGCAGGCACAAGCACUAUCAUUUCAAAAUAAACUGUUCUCGAUUCAGGUUGUCGGGAAACUUGCUGCCAAUUCCACAAGAACAGCAAGCACGCGCUCGUUUUCCCUUAAAAUUACCUAGGAAAGCUGCCAAACAUUGUAAACAUGUUUUGCCACUAGUAAUACAGAGUGCACAUGCUGGAAUUGCCACAAUGUGCAAUUUUGUUGCCAUUUCCGAAACAGCUUAGAACGAGCUCAAGUUCGCCAAACUGCACCUCCAUGCAGCGGAGCGCGGCAGGAAAGCCGUUCUUCUUGGGUGUGUUCUUUGCCGUGCAUUGUACUUGCCGAGUGCGUGUGUAUAUAUAGUCUCCUCGCUUCGUUUCUCGGUGGUUACCACCCGGCCAACUCUAUGUGACCCCCUUUCUUUCCGGCAGCGUGCAAUCACACCGUGAUCAUUCUUCUGUCCUCUCUCGUGUGUCAUUUUAGAGCGAGAUCGCAUUGUCGUCCAGAGCCAGUCCCAUCCUCCCUUCUUAAUGUAGUGCAGUUGACAUUGUUACAACAACCACCACUUUGUUCAUAUUAUUGCUGACAUUGCAGGUUCCUUUUAUAUCUUUCUUUAUUCUUUUUGUCGUCUGUGCCCCAAUUUCGGACCAUUCAUUGGAAAGUACUAAAACUAACCGCAUUGCAUGCUAUAACAAAUGCUGAGGUGAAGAACCAGAGGUGCAAAUCUAUUAAGACUUUAGAACUUUUUUGCAUUGGUUUGCUAUGGGUUUUUUUAAAAAGGUGACCUUCUGAUUAUGUACAGCAGUUUUGAUAUCACUGGAAUUCUUGUCGUGGAUUCGUGCUCGUGCUUGUCAUUGCAAAGAAUCCAUGUGCCAGCCCAAGCCAUAGCCAGUGAUACCAAGUUAUCCACAGCCACUCAUGCAAAUUCUCACGCUAAACAGCGCCUCGAUAUCCGCAGUUGCCAUUUGCGAGAGACUUCAUGGGCGGACAUCUUUUCAAAGCUAGCAUCUCUCAAGUAAAAAUAGAUGGCAGGCUUGCGCUGAAGGAACGGUGGAGGCUCAUAUUUGGUAUUCUAGAUGUUGAAAUAGAGCGGCAGUAUUGCAUGCGUGUGCUACAAACCUAAUACGCUCAAAAGGCACAAGGAUCAGCACCCAACAGUCGGAAUUCUAGCUGUACCAACCAUCGCCCGCUUGCGAAGAUUCACUUGCCUAUCUUACGAGCUGUUUCAGUGAUCAAUCAAACGCCGUGUCAUACCAUUAUCAUUCGCUUCCGACUGGCGCUGUCAUUUUCUUUAUUUUGACACACCACAUUCACUUACGUCCUCUGUUUUUGUUUCAACGCUAAGCAAGUAGAUUCGCAUUUGUGUGUACUUCUCGAACGACUGGUGCUUUACAUCACACCACACCGACAUAUCAAUCAUCAAUGCUGUUUUUUGCAACACUGCUCUCUUCCGGCCACCACGCUUUCUUUCAGCAGCGUUUGUCAUAACUUUACGAUAAGCUUGCAAGCACGUCGCGCCGAGGCAGGGAAGUCUCGUGAAAAAGUGUAGCGUGCCAGCACCGUGCGGUCGCCGCAUAGUUUGGUGUGGAUGUUUGUUUCCCUUAUUUCAUUUGUUCUCAGCCCUGCCACCUUAGCCUCUGGAGAUGACAGCAGGCAUUGCCGGGGGACUCCGUCGGCAUUGUUCGUGCCAUAUGAUGCGUGACGAGAGGUGAUCCUGUCUCGAUGUCAUGUGGUCUUUUGUAAUAUAUUUCUUUUUCCUGUCACCCCACGCGCCUGUUUGAGUUUUCGCUGCGUGGGUGGUUGACAUUUCUAGCCCUUUCUGUUCCCUCUCUCUCUCUCCCGAACGCUUCCUUGUUUCUGUGCUGUCUUUGCAUUCAAGGCAUGGAUGUAAGCAGUGUGAACUAGAAUUUGUGUCGCCGUGCUGUUUCCCCUUUCAUUGUCGUCCUUCCUCAAAUCGGUCGUCUUUGGCGAUGCACCCUUCUUUCUCAUAUACAAAUAAAAAGAAAUCUUGUCAUCUCUUUCCCUUUUACACAAA